AUGGCGACCGACGAGAAGUUCGUGGUUGACCCCGAGCUGGCCGCUGAGGUGCCGGCUGGUGAAACCAAGCUGGGCACCCAGGACGAUGCCAAUAGCGAGUCCGCGGCCAACGUCGUGGUCGUCGAUCCCGCGCUGCAGAAGAGGAUCGUGCGCAAGCUUGACAUCCGCAUGGCACCCCUUUUCUGCGCCCUCUACUUCUUCUCGUACCUGGAUCGCAGCAACAUCGGCAACGCGGCGGUGGCCGGGCUCAACGACCAGCUCAAGCUGUCGGGCUCGCAGUACAGCACAGCCGUAAGCGUCUUUUUCGCCACGUACGUCCUCAGCAUGGUGCCAUUGGUGCUGCUGUUGCGCAAGAUCAAGACGCACCGCGCCAUCACCGUCAUGGCUGCCGCCUGGUCCAUCGUCACUAUCGGCACGGCGUUUGUGCGCUCCUACGAGUCCCUAGUGGCCUGCCGCCUGAUCCUCGGCCUUUGCGAGGGCGGCUUCUUCCCCUGCAUCAGCUUGUACAUCACCAUGGUCUACAACCGCGAGGAGCAGGGCAUCCGGUUCGCCUACCUCUUCGCCGCCACGGCUUUCUCGGGCAUGUUUGGUGGCCUGAUCGCGACUGGCAUUACCCGCAUCGGCCAAGCGGCCGGGCUCCUGCCGUGGAGCUGGCUCUACAUCAUCGAAGGCAUCAUCUCCCUGGCGGUCGUCCCGUGGGCUUGGUACGGCUUGCCAGAAUACGUGGCAAAGGCCAGGUGGUGGACUCCAGAGGAGAGACAGGCCAUGGAGCUCCGCGAGAGCAAGCGCCGCGAGUACAUGGGCGAGGAAGAGUUUGAUUGGACCCAGGUGCGGUCUGCGCUCAAGGACUGGCGGCUGUACACAGGUGCUCUUAUCCAGUUUUUCCAGGACAUCAUCCUGUACGGCUUCAGCACCUUCCUACCCUCCAUUCUCCGCAACGGCCUGGGCUACUCGACGCUCGAGGCGCAGUACCUCAGUGUGCCGGUAUACUUCCUGGGCGGCGUGGCCUUCUUCGUCGGUGCCAAAAUUGGCGACAAGUGGGGGUUCCGUGGCACUACGCUUCUGGUUCUCGACAUCUUUGCUGUCGUCGGCUAUGCCCUGCUGGCUACAGUCGACAACAACGGCGUCAAGUACAUGGCAUGCUACCUCAUCGCCCUGCCGCUGUACUGCGGCCCAGGCUUCAACGAGACCUGGAUUGUCAACAACUUUACGCCCCAUUACCGCCGCGCCACCGCUCUUGGUCUCUCGCAAGCCAUUGGCAACGUGGCCGGCGUCGUUGCGCCGCAGGUCUACCGCCAGGCCCCUUACAUCCUGGGACACUGGAGCUCCUUCUUCUCUGCGGUGGCAUGUAUCGUUCUCAUCAGCGUCCAGCUCGUCUUCUACAGAUUCCAAAACCGCAAGAAGGAGCAGAUCGCGCGCGGCGAACGGCCUGAUGACAGAAAGGGCACCCAGUACGAAGACAAUCUGGACUUUAGAUAUGUUUACUAG